AUAGCCAUGCUCACCCCUAUUCUCAAAUCCAAACCAAAACCUCCGCCAAACCUCAAACCCCUCCAUUCCCCGGAAGAAAAUGGUGAAUCUCCUUGUCUCAAUGGGCAGCUUAUCAUCCUCUGGAUUGUGCGUGGAGAGGACGGUAACCUCAAGCACCGGGCUCAUCCCCCUGCUCGUCUCAUCCACCCCCUCACGGAUGCCAAUAUCUAGAACUCCAAGAAGAAGAAGGAGAACGAGAUGAAGAAGAAGAAGAAGAAGGUGAGUGCAGUUGGAGGCGUUGCUGCGGAGCCCAAGCUUUCAAAGGCUGCUAGAAGGUUUUACAACGAGAGCUUCAGAGACCAACCUCAGCGUUUGAGCAAGGUCCUUGCUGCUGCCGGAGUGGCAUCAAGGCGAGGGAGUGAAGAGCUUGUUUUUAGUGGAAAAGUGACUGUUAAUGGUUCUGUAUGCAAUGCCCCUCAGAUACAUUGCAGUAAUUGAUGGUGUAGUAAAGACACAACACUCAAUUACCAUCGGUAAGGGGACAGUAAUAGAAGGCAUGCACUGCACCUCAGAUUCUGUGGAACUAGUGCCACAGCUGCCAGAUAUAACAAGACCCUAUCUUUGGAUUGUGGCAUUGACAAAGUUUUGUGAUAGACUACUUACAUACAUUCAUAUGAAGGAAGGAAUCAUCAAGUUCGUGAGCUUGUGAAAAACGCUGGACUGGAGGUCAGUUUUUGAUGUUCUGAUGAGAGCAUGUUUGCUUCACAAAUAUAACCUCAUCAUCAUUUGCUCUUAUUAAAGGGAUGCACUAAAUGAACAAUAUCAGUAAGCCAUAUAGCUUCCUCAUAAAACUAAAUUGUAUUUUAUACCUCUGCUUUUGGAGGAUGACUAAUUCACAAAUAUUAAUUUUGGUUAAUGCUAAGGCUAUUGUUUCUUGUUUUAGAUUCAUUCCCUGAAGCGUGUAUGAGUAGGUGGUUACAGACUUCCAUCAGAUCUUGGGUAUAAGGCUUUUUCUUUCACAUCAUGAAUAAUUUCUUGAGGACCUUUUGUUAUACUUAUUGGCAUUCUGAUAGUUUUCAUUAAUUGCAGACUUGGGAAGUAUGUUGUGCUAAAACAGAGUAAUUUCCGUGUAAUGGGUUGGAAGAGUUAGCCAGUUAUGGAAGUGACUCUGUCGGCGGUCUUUCACAUUUCCCUUGUUCUCCACUAGAGAGAAUUCAUUUGGACAAAAUGUAGCUUUCGAAUUGCUCUCUGACUUCACAAGUUUGUGGUUAACAUUCUUCACAGCUACCUGCCCUGACCUUUGAGUUAAUGUUGGCACCAAACCCUGUUCCCGAGGAAGGUCAAAACUUUGCGAAUGUUAGAAAGUGUUAAAAAUGACUUGUAUAGAUGCUGAAACGGCUAAAUUUCGACUAUAGAAAGUGCUUUGGACAGAUGCAGGGUCUCACCUUGCCCUGUAGAUGCCAUAAGCUUUUGUAAAAUGAACAUCCACACAGUAU